CAGUCAUGGUUUAUCUAAGCAUUCAAUUUAAGUAGAUUUAACUGCUAUAUAUAUAUACACACACACGCGAACAUAUUAUUUAUAUAUUUACUAAUAUUGAGGUUAUGCCGUUGUGAACAAAGCUUUAGCAGGCCAACCAAACUUAACACAGAGCGCGGAGAACGGCUGCGUCUCAAACCGCAGUGAACCGCCUACCUAGAAGGCACUAUCGAGUCGCAUAGCCGCGGGCAGCAUGUUUUUCACCCCAUUGAGAGCACUGUCCCGCGCCAGACGCACGCGUGCUGUCUAUACAGGCGGCUGAGCGGUCUUUGCGACGCGGCCGAAGUGACCAAUCAGCGCCGUGCUCCGCGGCAGCACGCUAGAGUGAGCCGCGCGACGUCGACCGAUCGCUCAAGAUCAAAAACCGAGCGAAAUGAAAUUAAACGGAACGGACAUCGCCGCCGCCGCCGCUCGUCCGUGCUGAAAGCAACCCCGCAGCGUGAAAAAGGAGCGCGUUUCAUUCAUGAAACAUGUCCGCAGCGUCGGGCAACAAAGAAGCGGUGGCCGCGGCUCGCAGCUCGUUGUUUUCGUGACACUUUGAGAGCCGAGGGAGAUUUGAUGCCGCUAGCUGACAGGGUUUAGGAGAGAAGAAAAAAAACGGGCUGGACAUGGCUUCGGUGAACUGCUUCGCUGGUCCCGAGGAGCUCGAGGACGCGAAGCACGCUUUAAGUUUGAUGAGAGAGCUGAAAUUAUUCUACGACGCGCAGCUGUUGGUCGACGUGACCAUCGAAGUGGAGCUCGAUCCGGAUCAAAGCGUUUCCUCGAGCUGCACGGGGAAAGUUUUCCAGUGCAACCGAAACGUCCUGGCGGCGGCGAGCCCUUAUUUCAAGAGCAUGUUCACAGGAGGGCUUCACGAGAGCACCCAGAGAAGCGUCACCAUUCGCGACGUGGACGCCCACUCGAUGGGGCUCAUAAUCGAUUAUUGCUACACCGGCAAAGUGACAAUCACCGAAGGCAACGUGCAAAGGCUUUACGCCGCCGCCAACAUGCUGCAGCUGGAGUACAUCCGGCAGGCGUGCGCCAACUUCAUGACCAGAAGGCUGGACCUUUCUAACUGCGCAGGGAUUUUGAAGUUCGCCGACGCUUUUGACAAUCUGGAGCUGAAGAGCAAGGCUCAGGCGUUCAUCGCCAAGAACUUCGUCCAGCUCAGCGCCAGCGUGAGGGAGCUUUGCGAGCUGGACCUGAAGCAGAUCGAGGAGAUCCUGGCGCUGGAUUCUCUGGACGUCGACUGCGAGCGCAAAGUGUGUUCGUUUGCAAUGCAGUGGAUCGAGAGCAACCCGCGCGCGGGCGCCGAAGACGCGCUGCGGGUCCUCAGAUGCGUGCGGUGGUCUUUAUUUUCGGAGAAAGACAGGGUGUAUCUAGAAAGCCUCAAAGCGAAGCCUUUCAUGAAGAAAUAUCUCACGAACGUCCUCGACGGGGCCGGCGACGAGCCGAGCGCCACCAUUUCGAAAAGCGCGCACGCCGCCAAACAAAGAAUCGGCAAGAGCGCCAAAGAAAUGGUGCUUUUCUUCGGAAGGCCGAACGAGCCUUUCAUGUGCUACGAUCCCUAUACGGACGACAUCUAUUCCAUGGCGUCUCCGGCCAUGAACCUCACCAAUCAGAACUUCAAACGCUCUCCUACGGAGACGUUUCUGGUCUGCGCCACGCCGGAGAACAAUCUGUAUCUCGCCUCGCACCUGACCAAGCACUUCUGGGUCUACAAUCCUCUGUUAAAUUGCUGGCAGGAGCUCGCGGAAAGACUUCUGGGACGGGCGCACUCCUACAUGGGCUACCUCGGCGGGCAUCUGUACAUCGUGGGAGGCAGAGAUCCCGUAUCGGACGCCAGGCUCAAGGAAGUAGAAUGCUACAGCAUUCAGAGGAACCAAUGGGGUUUUGCGGCCCCUUUGCCGCACUCUUUGGGAAAGAUGCAGGUCGUGACGAUAAACGAGCGGCUUUAUGUGGUGAACAAGAGGAGGAUGCUCAGCUACGAGCCCAAGAAAAACCUCUGGCUCCAGCGGGGCUCUCUGAAACGCAGCAAACUCCACAAAGCGUGCGUGUUUCAGGAGCAGAUCGUGUGUUUGUGCGACAUCCCCGUGGUCAAAGCCUACAACCCGGCCCGCGGGGAAUGGAGGCGGAUUGGAGACAUCCCCGUCGACAGCAGCGCUCUCGGCUACCAGGUAGUGCAGCACGACGGCAAGCUGCUGCUCCUCACGAUCGCGAUAGUGCAUCACAACAAGAACAGGCUCGUCACGCACGAAUACGACCCCGCUCGAGACUCGUGGAAAAACGUGGCCACCAUGUUCGGAUCGGCGUUCGGAUCCAUGAGCCUCUCCAGCCGGGUUUACGCCGCCUGCUUGGGCUCCGGCCAGAGCUUCGUCUCGGAAGAGGACGAUGACAGCGGCUCCAGCGCCGACUGGGAUUUCGACGGAUUGACCGACGCGGACUCGGACUCCGGCAGCUCAAGCUCAUUUUCAGAUGAAAAUUGGUAGUCGACGUAGAGCCAGAAGUGACCGUGGAGCACAAAACCAGUCUUAAGUGGCGCGGGGAUAUUUGUAGCCGUGGCCAACAGUACAGUAUUAUGCCAAAAAUCAUUAGGAUGCUAAAUUUUCAAAUCUCGGCCAACAUCAUCCCGUCAUAUAUCAACGGAAAGCUUAUUUAUUCGCUUUUAUGAAUCGCGUGACUCUCUUAUGACUGCUGUCGUGGUCCAAGGUCGCAAAUGUGAAUACGCUGCCAAGUAUUUUGAGAUAUAGGUGUUGGUAUAAGUGUUAGCCUGUUUGGACGCGGCUCGUGCCACGGCAGCCAGGGUAGAACCUACUUGAAAUUCAUGCUUCUAUGAGUAUUAUCAAACAGACGCUUACCUUUUAUGAUACACGGCCAGUGAAUGGUACCUUGUUCUCAGGAUUAUAAAUCGGUACAAAGAAUUAUUAGUAUUUUGACUCUGCCGGUCUCUGAAGAUUACAGUAUUGCGCUGGGAUCUUGAACGGGGUACAAUGGGGCUCCCCUCUUUCUUAAGGAAAAUGUGUUUAUUUCCGGUCUCGGAGUGUGUAACUUUCUUAACAUUUUUAAUUUAAUAUCGAUGGGGAAUUUAAUCAAUUUGAAAAUGCAUGAUAAAUCAGGUUUCAAAUAUAAAGCCAUCAUUGGUUGAGGUAAUAUGGGGCAAAAUUUUAACACACUUGAUAUAGCAAGAUAACUUUUACAUACAUUAUUAAGAUAAACGCUCCUUCAGGAAGGAUGGAUAAUUUACUGUUUAUUGCUAAAUAUCUUUGGGUAUUUCAUAACCUCUCAAAUAUGCUAUAACUAACAGUAAAUGUGCAAAAGAUCCAUCUUUGAGCAAUUAGCCCUGUUGUACCCUACCUCCUUUUACCAGUUUUCUGUGUCUUUUGCUUAUUUUCGUUGUUUAAAUGUUAUAGUUGUCUGUUAAAUUAUCACAUGUCUAAUUUAAGAGUUGAUACUGUUAAUAAAGUCCGUUUAUACUUUA